AAGAAUUUUUCUAACCUAUAUUCAGAUUCAGAUAGUAUUUUUCCGUAAUCAAAAGAUGCCGGUUAGUGUUAUGAUUAGAAAUAUUAUCCUAGUGACAAAAUGAGAUUAUUUGAAGUAAUCAAAUUCUAUUCGUGUAGACUUAUAGUUUUAGUUUUUUUGAUUUCUGAUAUAUCUUAUACUCUAGCUGCAAAUCAUGAAGUGAAUUAUCUCGUCCCAAAUGAAGCACAAACAUUUAAUCCCAAUACUUACAAACAGUCUGAGAGAUUCAAAAUUUUCUGCCAUGAGGGUAAACCCAAGAGCAUCCUAUAUAUAUGGCAAAGCAUAUAUCUGCAUAUUGAUUUGGAUUCAGAAGAUUAUACACAAUAUGAUGGUCCAACUCCAGAAAUUGUGUCCCAAGAAUAUGAAGCUCAUCGAUCUAGUUGGAAUAUGAAUUUAUUUUCGUGGAAAAGUAAAAAUAUGAAAUUGGAUCCCUUCAAUCAGAAUUGCAUUGGAAUAUAUAGCAACCACGAUUAUACAAUAAGAAUGAAAGUAGUACAUAUAGAUUAUUGGAAAUUGCUUAUGUUGGUUGUUGGGAUUUUUAUCUAUAUCUCAGCGGCAAAACUCAGUCAGAAUGUGCUAUUUUACUACAUAUGUGGAAUAACUUUUGGUAUAACGGCCUCAUUCCUUAUUUUGAUAUAUUUCAUCAGUAAAUUAUUCCCUCGUAAGUCUAUAAUGUAUGGAGUUUUUGCUACAGGAUGGACAGUGAGUUUAUAUCUUUUACAGUUAAUUAAAGAUAAUUUAAGGACAAUUUUUGUAAUGUAUAAAGAGUAUGUUGUUUAUUACACAAUAUUUUCUGGAGUUGUAAGUUUUAUUGUCUGCUAUAAAUACGGACCAAUUAAAGAUCAAAAAACUCGAAAUAUUAUCAGAUGGUCUCUACAAGCAAUAGGAUUAUUAUCUAUUUAUUUGAGUAGUCAGUUUCAAGAAGCUUCUGUGGCUCAGAUAAUCAUACUCUUGAUUUAUUAUAAUACUCCAAACAGAUGGUUGUCAAAACCAAGAAAUUAUUUAAAGAGGAAAUUUCCACCAAAGGUUAAAUUAUUAACCAAUGAUCAGUACUAUGAACAAGGUGUACGAGAAACCAGUAAGAGUUUAGAAGAAUUAAGAAAAUACUGUUUAAGCCCUCAGUGUAAUCAGUGGAAAACUGCAUUGAAGCUAAAAGAUGUAAAGAGAUUUGCAUCAUUCAUUGAAGGUAACUCUCAUUUAAGUGAUGAAGAAAUUCUUGAAUAUGAAACUUCCAUCAAUCAGGUGGACCUAACAGAUGAUGAAGGGCAUAGUGAUGCAGAUUAUACCGAUGAAGAUUGAGAUUAAUUUCAUAAAAUCUUUCAGAAUCUUGAAUUGGAAAUUAUUUAUCGAGUUGUUUGUUGAAAAACACCUGAAGUGUAUUACAUUCUGUUUCUUUUGAUCUUGAAUUUUCACUGUUUGUUGAUGGCUGUGAUAGAUGCUACUUUUAUAA